CGUUUUUUCGUUCUCCUCCUUUGGAAAAAGCAAUAUUAAUUUAUGCUACUUACGAGUUGUUGUGUGGAAAUAAUGCCGGUUUAUAUAAAAUGAUAAUCGACCAAACUGUUAAUUUCAAAUUACUACCUAAUAUCACGGCAGACUUCGCCUUGACUUUGGCUUUGCCAAUUUCCCAUAAAACUAAACAAAAACCUCCUGAAAUAGCCCAACAAAUUAUAAAAAUAACCAACUGUCCCGAUUUAGAACAUACAAUCACCUCUCAAGGUUAUAUUAAUUUUCGUUUCCCUAUCGCCUAUUAUCAACAAUUUUUUAACGAAACUUUAACUCAGGUCGGCCAAAAUCUCCGGGGAGAAAGAAAAAAUUUUCGUCUAAAUAUUGAGUAUGUUUCGGCUAAUCCGACUGGUUAUCUCCAUUUGGCACAUUUUCGGCACGCGGUGGUUGGCAGCACACUAGCCAAUAUUUACCAAUUUUGUGGUUAUCCAAUAACCCGAGAAUACUACAUUAAUGACCGCGGGGGGCAAAUCACUUCUUUAAUUAAUUCCGUUUAUUAUUUUUAUCACCAAUUACAAAAUGCUACUCCGAUAAAGGCGGGCCAAAUAGAUUUAUACGAAAAAAAACAGCAUUUAGAAUUAUUAACUGAAUUAGAAAAAAAAGAUUUAAUUUAUAUCCAAGACGGAGCAACCUUUUUUCGCAGCAGGGCCGACCAUCACGGAACUAUUGCUCGCUUAAAAAGUGCUUAUCAAUUAUUAGACUAUAAUCCUGAGGACUUGCAAAUAAUCUUAGUGCAAACGGUCAAUUUACUCACCAAAGAUGGCCCGACCCGAUUUUCCAAACGAGCAGGCAAUACUAUUGAAUUAGCCGAAGCCUUAAAAUAUCUACAAUUAGACCAAUUAAAAUUUUUUUUGUGUGAAAAAGACCCCAACCAGCCCCUUUCUAUUAAUACCGAAUUACUGAAAGAAAACCAAGAAAAAACCCGCCUUUAUUAUAUUCAAUACGCUCAUGCUCGCUGUCACCAGAUAUUCCAAAAAGCCCAACAAAAAAACAUUGGCCGAAUUGGUUCUAGUAUUGAUUUAUUAACCGACCAGGCCGAAAGAAGUAUAUUUAAUUUACUAAUUCGUUUUUCUUUUGUUUUAGAAAAUGUCAUUGAGGAAAACAAACCCCACCAUUUAAUUAACCAUCUCUACGAAUUGGCCCGCGCUUGA